GGGUUAUCCAAUCGGAUUGAUCCUAGUGUCCAAGUGAUAGGUGGAAUGUGCGAUAUCCUCUCAAAUAGUUCCAGUUUAAUUUUUGUUUUCUUCUCAGUCUCUAUUUGUGCAAUAUUUAUUUUCAACACCAUGGACGAGAAGCAGGCGAUAUUUGAUUAUAGACUAGUUGAAGAGGAAAAAAAGAUAUUAUCUGUCAUUCCAUCCUAUAAGAGUGAAUUCGUACCAAUAGAAACUAGUUUUGGAACAGAUGAAAAAAUUUGGACAAUAUCAGUAAAUACAGAAUCUCCAAAAACUCCUAUUGUAUUGCUGCAUGGUUUUGUUGCAUCCGUUGGGUUCUGGUGUUUGAAUUUCGAGGCUCUCUCUCGAGACAGACCCCUAUAUGCCAUCGAUCUCCUCGGAUUUGGUCGUUCUUCCAGACCUCAUUUUAGCACUGACAACUUGGAGGCUGAGAAGCAAAUGAUUGAGGCCAUCGAAGCAUGGAGAAAACAAAUGAAAAUAGAAAAAAUGAUACUAUUGGGACACAGUAUGGGAGCAUAUUUAUCAGGUCUUUAUUCCAUGGACUAUCCAGAAAGAAUUCAGCACUUAAUUCUGGCAGACCAAUGGGGCUAUACGGAUAAAUAUGAGGACCCACCACUCAUUCUGAGAAUUCUCACACUCAUAUUUUAUAAAUUCAAUCCUGUUGGCUUCGUACGAUCGAUGGGACAUAGUUGGGGUCCAUAUUUCCUACAAAAAACUAGACGUGAUAUAUUUGGCAAGAUAGGGGAUAGAUUGAAUGAUCCCUCAAUAUUACCGACGUAUUUCUAUUACUGCAAUGCUGCAAAGGAGCCCACUGGCGAAAAGGCAUUCUUCAGUAUGGUCCUCGGAGUUGGAUGGGCAAAAUGUCCAUUGAUCAAAAGAAUACACAAACUGGACAAAAAAAUUUCCAUCACCUUUUUAUAUGGUUCACAUACUUGGCUGGAUAGCGAAAUAGGUCCUAGAGUAAAAGAAAUGAGGCCAGACUCCUUUGUAGAAGUUCACGAAGUGGAGAAUUCAGGUCAUCACAUUUAUUCAGAAAACGCUGAUCAAUUCAAUGAAUAUGUUUUGAAAGCUUGCCAGUAUGCUGACCAGAAAGAUAGUUCACUGAAGCCCCAAUGACACAAUUAACAUACUAAUUUUGAGAUUAAUUGACUAAUUUGUUUGUAUAUCUUCAUUAUUGGAAAGCGAAGUUAUGAAAUAAACUAUUCAAUAAAAGACAUGGAAAUAUAAAA